AUGGAUGAAGAUCGCGGCGACGGGAAGAAAGAAGAAGAAGCGGAGGUGAAGUACCGGGGAGUGAGGAGGCGGCCGUGGGGGAAGUACGCGGCGGAGAUACGCGAUUCCAACCGGAACGGCGUCCGCGUGUGGCUGGGAACGCAUGGCACGGCGGAGGAGGCGGCCAGAGCUUAUGACAGAGCAGCGUAUGAAAUGAGGGGUAAAUUCGCGGUCCUUAACUUCCCCGAAGAGUACCCUCCGCAGGUUGCUACGGCGGCGGCGUCUCCGUCGGCCCCUCCGCAUGUUGCUUCUGGUUUUCCGUCGACGGCGCCGGAGUCGGCGUCUUCAGGCGGCUGCGCGGUAGUGGAAAAUGUGGGUAAUAAGUGUAGUGUUGAAGGACGAGAGACGACGGCGAAAGAAGUGAUUGAGUUCGAGUGUCUGGAUGAUAAGUUGUUAGAGGACCUCCUCGGCUGCCACGAGACAGAACCUAAGAAGAAGUAA